AUGAGGCCUCAGAUUGCCUGGCGAUCUCUUGGUUUGCUCCAGCGCCAGUCCCUUCGUGGGCCUGGCCAGCGGGCCUUCCAAACUGCUGCGAAAACGCGUAUUCCCGACUUCGCAUUUGCCUUCGAUAUUGACGGUGUCCUUUUACGAGCCUCAAAACCUUUACCCGGUGCUGCCGACUCGCUGGCUCUUCUGAAAGAGCAAGGUAUCCCUUUCAUCCUCCUGACCAACGGGGGCGGUAAACACGAGACCGCGCGCGUUGCAGAGAUCAGCGAGAAGCUCAAUGUUCCCCUUGACGCAUCCCAUAUUGUUCAGAGCCACUCUCCGUUCGCCGAGUUGGUCAAGGGCCCGGAUGAAGCUAGCGCAUUGGAGAAUAAAUGUGUAUUGGUGGCCGGCGGUGAUGGCGACGGCUGCCGACGCGUUGCCGAGCAAUACGGCUUCAGGAACGUGGUGACACCGGGAGAUAUCUUUAUGGCUAACCCAUCUAUUUGGCCAUUUUCCAAGAAUUUCUCGGAAUACUACAAGACCUUUGCGCGCCCUCUCCCUAAGCCCCUCGACCCGACGGACCCGGCGAAGGGCCUCAAGAUCGAUGCUAUAUUUGUUUUCAACGAUCCUCGUGACUGGGGCCUCGAUACCCAGGUCAUAAUGGACAUCUUAUUAUCGCGCCAAGGACUCGUGGGCACAUUGUCGGAGAAGAAUGGUCAAACCAACCUGCCCAACCACGGAUAUCAGCAAGAUGGCCAACCCCACCUGUACUUCUCCAACCCCGACCUGUUCUGGGCGGCAGCUUAUCCCCUUCCUCGCAUCGGCCAAGGAGGCUUCCGCGAGGCACUUGAGGGGGUUUGGGCAGCGACUACAGGUGGCCCCAGCAAAGGCAUUGAACUCCAAAAGACUGUGAUCGGCAAACCGUAUCAAAGAACUUAUGAGUUCGCAGAGCUCCAGAUGCUACGCAACCGCUCGAAGGUCUUUGGUAGUAUUGCGGAUCAGACGCCGCUGCAGCAAGUCUACAUGGUUGGAGAUAAUCCCGAGUCGGACAUUCGAGGCGCAAACUCGUACCGAAGUCCACAUGGGAGUAGUUGGAAGUCGAUCCUAGUCCGGACAGGUGUUUAUCCGGGCGGAGAGCCUGCAUAUGUGCCAACUACCAUUGCGGAUAAUGUGCAGAAGGGUGUGCAUUGGGCCCUCCAGAACUCGAAUUGGUCAUUUUGA